AGAGGAAGAGAUGAGGCUUGCCCGGAGGAAUCCAGGCGCACCGCCGCACGCGCGACGGGGUCCCGAGGCGCAAGCUCAGGUGCUCGCAGUCCCGGCGCCUCACCCACACCGCCCAGCAGCUCAAUGGGCUCCCCGAAGAAGAAGCUUCAAGGUCUCGUGGCUGCAACCAUCACGCCAAUGACUGAGCAUGGAGAAAUCAACUUUUCAGUCAUUGGUCAGUAUGUGGAUUAUCUUGUGGAAGAACAGGGAGUGAAGAAUAUUUUUGUGAAUGGCACGACGGGAGAAGGCCUGUCCCUGAGCGUCUCAGAGCGUCGCCAGGUCGCAGAGGCAUGGGUGGCCAAAGGGCGGAACAAGUUGGAUCAGGUGGUAAUUCAUGUAGGAGCCCUGAGCUUGAAAGAUUCACAAGAACUGGCCCAACAUGCAGCAGAAAUAGGAGCUGAUGGCAUCGCUGUCAUUGCACCUUUCUUUCUCAAGCCAUGGAACAAAGAUGCCUUGAUUAAUUUCCUAAAGGAGGUAGCUGCUGCCGCCCCAACAUUGCCAUUUUAUUAUUAUCACAUUCCGGCCUUGACAGGGGUAAAGAUUCGUGCUGAGGAGUUGUUGGAUGGGAUUCAGGAUAAGAUCCCCACCUUCCAAGGGCUGAAGUUCAGUGACACCGAUCUCUUAGACUUCGGGCAAUGUGUUGAUCAGAAUCGCCAGCAACAGUUUGCUUUCCUUUUUGGGGUGGAUGAGCAGCUAUUGAGUGCCCUGGUGAUGGGAGCGACUGGAGCAGUGGGUAGUACCUAUAACUACAUGGGAAAAAAGACAAACCAGAUGUUGGAGGCUUUCGAACGAAAGGACUUCUCUUCAGCCCUGAACCAUCAGUUUUGUAUUCAGAGAUUUAUCAACUUUGUGCUCAAACUUGGUUUUGGAGUGUCGCAGACCAAAGCCAUCAUGACUCUGGUCUCUGGGAUUCCAGUGGGCCCACCCCGGCCUCCACUGCAGAAAGCCUCCAGGGAGUUUAUUGAUGAUGCAAAAGCUAAGCUGAAGAGCCUGGAUUUCCUUUCUUCCACUGAUUUAAAGGAUGGAAACUUGGAACCCUGUAGCUAGUGCCUCUCUAUCAAAUCAGAGUGUGUACCUUGAAUGGUGCCUUCAUUUCUCAAGGACUUUUUAGAUGAACUUGAACUAAACUCUUUUCUAGCAAAUGAAAUCUCACCCAAUCAACGAGUAUUUAAGUACCCUCUAAGAUCCUAAAAAUCUCUUAUUUUGUGAAGGGGCAAAAACUCUAAAAGGAAUCAUGAGCCCUGAGUUAUUCAAUAUUUCACAAAAUUUUUGUGGAGAAAUUUCUGCUUAUAUGGAUGAAAUGGAAUCAAGAAGAAAAUUAUAAUGAUUCAUUCCAUCUGCCUUUAGGAGCUCCCAUUAUCUUUAUUUCUGAUUCUUAGUCCUAUUUUAAUUUUUUUUUAAUUUUAAACCACUAUAAUAUACUUUCAUUUUAAUAAAUAUUCAUUUGGAAUCUAGGACAACUCUGAGCUACUUCGUUUAGGCAGAUACACUUACUUCAAUGCCAAAAUACAACAUAACUCAACUGUUGUAGUUGUGUAUAUUAUUAACACACCCCCUCACUUGGCUGCUCAGUUUAAUUCUAGAAUAUCUGCUUUCGGAUUAACUGUGAUGUCAGUUUUCCCCCAAAACACUGCAUUAGGUGAAGACUUGCUUCAGUUCUUAUCACUCAAGGGCCCAUUAGAGUAGCUUUUCACAAAACAAAGGCCCUCCCCAAAGAUGAACUCAAGUCUCCACUUCUUGAUAUAUAGAGAACUUCUCAAAGCUUCAAGUCUCAACCAAAGAGCUCUCCUCUGGGCACCACACACUUCCCCUUUCCCCACAGAAAGUGAAUGGCUCCCCCACAGUGCCCUGAAUGACUGUACAUGAAGGCCAAUGUCCCCUCUAUUGUGAGCCUAGGGGCUAACUGUUAUUUCCUGGUCACACUUCAGCACAUUUUGAAGAUUUGGGGAGGACCAAAAGAUUUCACUCUUGCUAUCCCUACAUACCUUCUUUAUUCUUUUCUUUCUCAGUAGUAUGGCUGUUUAGUCUCCCUUCCAACAAACCCUGGUUAGUGCUUCCUAGUAACAAAGUGUAUUGCCAGUCAACCCUUGGUGAUUGUAAACCUGACUAUCCAGUUUAUCAGUUACCAAGGAUUUUUACUCUCUUUUUUUACUCUUUAUAUUUUACUUUUUAUAUUUUAUCUCUGAAAAGGAGAACUUUUUUCAAAAUGAGAAUUUGAAAUUAUCUGUGGAUUCAGUUACCAUUGUCAAUUGAUCAGUUAAGAGUUGUUAUAUUUAUGGCUCCUCACUCCUCUUUUUGCUCAGGAAUGACAUGUGCUGUUUUCUCAUAUUUCUACCUCCUUCAGGAGUAAGGCGUUGGAAUAAGAAAUUGAACUGUAGUGGUUUAUGUGAGCUUAUAUUCUCUCACUGAAACAUUUCUUUAGAGCCAUUAAUUUCCUAAAGGAAGAAAAGGGAGGUUUUUGGUUUGAAGAGGUCGUAUCCCUACUUAAGUAUACUAAAGUCAAAUUAAUUUUUUCUAUGAAGGUACAUCUUGGCUAUCCACUAGCCAAGAUUUUUUUUUUUUUCUGAAGUGAGUGCUUGGAGAACUUUGAAGAUAGUUAAUAAGAGCUUGUAAACACAAAGAGAAAUAAGAUGAUUUUUCUUCAGUGACCAGGGUUGAAUUUAACUCUGUGUGUUCUAACAUCCAACUCCUUGGAAAUGAAUGUUACGUAGUAAUAGUUACUAAUAAUACCUUUUAUCAAAAGUAAAUUUUUGGAGUAUUAUGAAUUUACUAUUACCUUUGAAUUUAAUCUUUAAUACUAAAACUAAAAUAA